AUGGCUGAACAAGAUGAAAUCGUACCAGUGAGACGAACAAUCGCCUCCUUUCGAUCGAAAAAUCCGGAUGGAAAGUCACCACAAGAAUAUCAAGCAAUUUUUCGACAAGCCAUCAGGCAAUUGUAUCACCGAGUGUCCACGCAUAAGAAGCGGACGCUGUCCAAUCCGAUAUUGAGGACUACUGUCUCGGACCCUCCGGAGGGGAUGUCAGGAAGCGAAACCGCAAACCGAAUGGCGCAGACGUUCUUACCGAUUCUGAAAUACAAGCUCAGGCUCUUGCCCAUCUUUAUGGAUCCAUUGGACGCGAAAAGUGGCACGAGCUCGUGGUUUGACGCGAUCUUAAAUAACUUGAUAGAGAUCGAUGAGAUUCUGGCAGAAAUUGACUCAUCCGUCAUCUGGAUUUGGAGGACGUGGAAGCCUAAUCAGGAAGAAAAACCGGGCCCUCGCCAACUGUCCUGCUUCAAAGGCAAAACGAUCACAUACCGAACCCAGGAUCUCUUGACUGGCGAAUUUUGUCGGGUACUCAUAACAUGCGACACGUUUUUUGCCGAUCACAGUUUUCCAAGCCCAGCAAACAGCGACCACCCAAUCGUACAGAAAUGGGACACCCUUGCCACUCGCACCACCACGUCGGCUACGCGCAUCGAUGCACUAAUUGAAUGGAUCCAGCAACCUCUGUUGCCUGUGGCCAAAGAAGAGUGGCAAGAGAUGGUGGACCAGGUCGACACCUUGUUGAAGACGUUGCUGAAACACCUGAAUCCGCAUUAUCACCAGUCCGCCAAAGGUGGUGAAUCGGACUCAGAGGAAGAGGACAUUCAACUCCUAACUCCUACAGCAAUGAAGUUCACUCGGGCCGGUAUUCCAUACGUCAAGAUAUGUCGUGCAUUUCUUUACAAACUUUUGCGACCGACCCAGGGUCAUGGGUUGAUUUUUGUUGGGUCAUCCAUGGACAUCGAAGAAGCCCAACUGAAAAGGCUACUCUUCCGUACCAACGAGGCGCUGAGACACUUAUACCAGUUCGUCACGGAGAUGAAAAGUUUGCCGAGCCACCGGCGAGGUCUUGUGGAUGCGUCGAUCAACCUCCAGGGGGAAAUGCUCGAAUGCAUAUUUGCUCUCAAAGACUACUGGAAACAAUUGCCGGAACGUAAGGAUCCUAGGAUUGAUCAGCAAGCGAUUGCAGAGGCUGGUCAAUGGAUCGAUGAUUGGGAAACGCUUUUGCAUCAGUCUGUUUGCAACGCAUGGGAAGCCGCUGGUUGCCAAUACCCUUGGCCAGACCCGGAAGACGAGCCAGACACCGAUGACGGCGGGGACUUGGACGAGUUCGGCGGAUUUGGUCGGCUGGGCAGAUUUGAUGAGGAGGAUGAGGAGGACGAGGAGGACGAAGAGGGCGAGUCUGGAGACGAGGACGAAGACGAGGAAUCUGGAGACGAGGACGAAGAGGGCGAAUCUGGAGACGAGGACAAUUAG